AUCAACUUGGUUAAAACUUCCUUCCUGGUAACUGCAACACUUCCUCUGCAUCUGGAUAUGAAGGGAGCCCCAAAAAAGCGGAAGAGUUUAGAAGCACACUGGGUAGGUUUGAAUUUGUUUUGUUUUCAAAAAUUAAACAAAUGAUCCUUCAGCAUCAUCGCCUCCGCUGCUUUAUCAGGUCGCGUAGGGCAUGGAGCUGGAGAACUAUGAACAGCCCGUGGUUCUGAGAGAGGACAACGGCCGCAGGCGCCGGAGGAUGAAGCCGCGGAGCGCGGUGGCCAGCCUGUCCCCCAUGGAGCUCAUCCCCAUCGAGUUCGUGCUGCCCACCAGCCAGCGCCACAGCCAGAGCCCCGAGACGGCGCUGCUGCACGUGGCGGGCCACGGCAACGUGGAGCAGAUGAAGGCCCAAGUGUGGCUGCGCGCGCUGGAGACGAGCGUGGCGGCGGACUUCUACCACCGGCUCGGCCCGGACCACUUCCUCCUGCUCUACCAGAAGAAGGGCCAGUGGUAUGAGAUCUACGACAAGUACCAGGUGGUUCAGACUCUGGACUGCCUGCGUUACUGGCAGGCGCUGCACCGGAGCCCGGGCCAGAUCUACUUGGUUCAGCGGCGCGCGCCCUCUGACGAGACCCAGGCCUUCCAGCGGCAGCUCACCGCCCUCAUUGGCUACGACGUCACUGACGUCAGCAACGUGCACGACGACGAGCUCGAGUUCACGCGCCGCCGCCUGGUCACCCCGCGCAUGGCCGAGGUGGCCGGCCGUGACCCCAAGCUCUACGCCAUGCACCCCUGGGUGACGUCCAAGCCCCUCCCGGAGUACCUGUCCAAGAAGAUUGCCAACAACUGCAUCUUCAUCAUCAUCCACCGCAGCACCACCAGCCAGACCAUCAAGGUCUCGGCCGAGGACACCCCCGGCACCAUCCUCCAGAGCUUCUUCACCAAGAUGGCCAAGAAGAAGUCCCUGAUGGACAUCCCCGAGAGCCUGAACGAACAGGAUUUUGUGCUACGGGUCUGUGGCCGGGAUGAGUACCUGGUGGGUGAAACGCCCAUCAAAAACUUCCAGUGGGUGAGGCACUGCCUCAAGAAUGGAGAAGAGAUUCACCUGGUGCUUGACACGCCUCCGGACCCAGCCCUGGAUGACGUAAGGAAAGAAGAGUGGCCGCUGGUGGAUGACUGCACGGGAGUCACCGGCUACCACGAGCAGCUGACCAUCCACGGCAAAGACCAUGAAAGUGUGUUCACGGUGUCCCUGUGGGACUGUGACCGGAAGUUUAGGGUCAAGAUCAGAGGCAUUGAUAUCCCGGUCCUGCCCCGGAAUACUGACCUCACAGUUUUUGUAGAGGCAAACAUCCAGCAUGGGCAGCAAGUCCUUUGCCAAAGGAGAACCAGCCCCAAACCCUUCACAGAAGAGGUGCUCUGGAAUGUGUGGCUUGAGUUCAGUAUCAAAAUCAAAGACUUGCCCAAAGGGGCUCUACUGAACCUCCAGAUCUACUGUGGCAAAGCUCCAGCGCUGUCCGGCAAGGUCUCUGCAGACACUUCCGGUUCUGAGUCCAAGGGCAAAGCUCAGCUUCUCUAUUACGUGAAUCUGCUGCUGAUAGACCACCGGUUCCUCCUGCGCCGUGGAGAAUACGUUCUCCACAUGUGGCAGAUAUCCGGGAAGGGAGAGGACCAAGGGAGCUUCAGCGCCGACAAGCUCACAUCUGCAACCAACCCAGACAAGGAGAACUCCAUGUCCAUCUCCAUUCUUCUGGACAAUUAUUGUCACCCGAUAGCCCUGCCUAAGCAUAGGCCCAGCCCUGACCCGGAAGGGGACCGGGUUCGAGCAGAAAUGCCCAACCAACUUCGCAAGCAAUUGGAGGCAAUCAUAGCAACCGAUCCACUUAACCCUCUCACAGCAGAAGACAAAGAAUUGCUCUGGCAUUUUAGAUAUGAAAGCCUUAAGCAUCCCAAAGCGUAUCCUAAGUUGUUUAGCUCAGUGAAAUGGGGACAGCAAGAAAUUGUGGCCAAAACAUACCAAUUGUUAGCCAGAAGGGAGGUCUGGGAUCAAAGUGCUUUGGAUGUUGGGUUAACGAUGCAACUCCUGGACUGCAACUUUUCAGAUGAAAAUGUAAGAGCCAUUGCAGUUCAGAAACUGGAGAGCUUGGAGGACGAUGAUGUUCUACAUUACCUUCUACAGCUGGUCCAGGCUGUGAAAUUUGAACCAUACCAUGACAGUGCCCUUGCCAGAUUCCUGCUAAAGCGUGGUUUAAGAAACAAGAGAAUUGGUCACUUCUUGUUUUGGUUCUUGAGAAGUGAGAUAGCCCAGUCCAGACACUAUCAGCAGAGGUUCGCUGUGAUCCUAGAAGCCUAUCUGAGGGGAUGUGGCACAGCCAUGCUGCAUGACUUUACCCAACAAGUUCAAGUAAUCGAGAUGUUACAGAAAGUCACCAUUGAUAUUAAAUCACUCUCUGCCGAAAAGUAUGAUGUCAGUUCCCAAGUUAUUUCACAACUGAAGCAAAAGCUUGAAAACCUGCAGAAUUCUAAUCUCCCCGAAAGUUUUAGAGUUCCAUAUGAUCCUGGAUUGAAAGCAGGAGCACUGGUGAUUGAAAAAUGUAAAGUGAUGGCCUCCAAGAAAAAGCCCCUGUGGCUUGAGUUUAAAUGUGCUGAUCCUACAGCUCUAUCAAAUGAAACAAUUGGAAUUAUCUUUAAACACGGUGACGAUCUGCGCCAAGACAUGCUUAUUUUACAGAUUCUACGAAUCAUGGAGUCCAUUUGGGAGACGGAAUCUUUGGAUCUGUGCCUCCUGCCAUAUGGCUGCAUUUCAACUGGUGACAAAAUAGGAAUGAUCGAGAUUGUGAAAGACGCCACGACAAUUGCCAAAAUUCAGCAAAGCACGGUGGGCAACACAGGCGCGUUUAAAGACGAAGUCCUGAAUCACUGGCUUAAAGAAAAAUCCCCUAUUGAAGAAAAGUUUCAGGCAGCAGUGGAGAGAUUUGUUUAUUCCUGUGCAGGCUACUGUGUGGCAACCUUUGUUCUGGGAAUUGGCGACAGACACAAUGACAAUAUUAUGAUCACAGAGACAGGAAACCUAUUCCAUAUUGACUUUGGACACAUUCUUGGGAAUUACAAAAGUUUCUUGGGCUUUAAUAAAGAGAGAGUGCCAUUCGUGCUAACCCCAGACUUCCUGUUUGUGAUGGGAACCUCUGGAAAGAAGACAAGCCCACACUUUCAGAAAUUUCAGAUAAGGAAACUAAGGUCCAGAAAGGUUAAGUGACUUCUCUAAUGCCAUACAGCUUGUCGGUAAUGAAGCCGAGAUUUGAAUUCACACAGCUGUGUGUGAAUCUGAGCUGUUGACCACUGCUCCACCCUGCCUUUCAGCAAAGGAUAAUCACAUCUGCACCAAGCCUCCAAGUCUGUGCAGCCAGUCAGAAUGUGGACAUUGUGUCUGACGAGCAUGGGGCAUGCAGUUAAAUUUGAGGAAGAAAUUUCUUUCUCAUAGAAGAAACCCUCCUGUGUGAAAAUCAUAACUAACAGAAUAAAUUGACGCCAUGAGAAAUCCUAUCUGUGGGUCAGAUGACCUUCAAGAAAAGCAGGACAGUUCCUUUCCUUUCACGCCUCUCUCUGGGUGCUGCAGGGGUCCAUGACUCCUCACGUGCAUGCUUAGCAAAUAUUUACUGAGCACCGGUGGAUUGGUGUUAUAAUAACUUGGCCUCGGGUUAAUUUCCCUCCUCGAAAAUUUUAUUGAAGAGUUUGACCACGCAGUGGGCUCACACAGCAGGGGUUUUGCCUGGAGCUCCCGGUGUAUAGAGGGAUAGAAAAUAAUUAAAAAUCAGAAUGUAGUCUAAUUCAAAAGCAAAAGGCAUCCCCAUCUAUGCCCUUGUGAAAAUUCUGUGAGUUAGCAAAUUAAUAAGAUUCUUGCCUGGGGUGACGUCUGCACUUAGGCUGUGUAAUUACCAAGAAAUGAGAGAGACCUCAGUGAGUCCUAUGGAAGAGCAAAAAAAAAAAAAAAAUUUCCGGACAUAAGUGGAGUUAUUAAGAAUGCAAGAGCACUAAUGCACCGGGGCUGCUUCCAGGGCACAAGUGAUGGCUGGGCGCAGGCAGCAGCCCAACCCACCUUCCAGGCUGUUGAAGUCGCCUGCUUCAUGGUGAGCAAAGAGGAGAGGUGGGUGAAUGAAUGGUAGGGAAGGGAGAGUACUGACAUUUGACUGAGCCCUUGCUUUGUGCCUGCCUCCAUGCCAGGCAUUUUUCAUGUAUUGUCUCACUUAGAAGACGCCAGAACAGUCCAUGGAUCUUUGUAACUUGGCCAGGGCAAUGCAUGCAUGCACAGUCCAGCCUUGACACACGGAAUGAUGCAGGCCUGACCUCAGUUAUUGCAGUUACUCUGCCACAUACGAAUGGCACAGACAAGAUCAUCUAAACGCAACAGAAAAUUCACUAUUAAACAUUUUGACCUGUAAACUUAUAUUCUUCUUUCUAUAUAAAUAUUCUGUGUUAAUUUAC